GUAGUCAAUAAUGUGUUUACCAAAAGACAUUAUUAUCUUACUAAACGAAAAAAUAAUUUAACACUGACCAAAAUCAAAAUACGGAACAAGAAAAAUUUGUAAAAUAUUUUGGGAAUGGCUUAUUACGGUCAACAACAGCAGCCUCCUGCAGGAUACUAUAACCAACCGGGUGCCCAACCUUCACAGAAUGAUCCUAAUUUUCUAUGGGGCGUCUUUCAAAGGAUUGAUAAAGACAGAAGUGGCUCAAUAUCAGGAAAUGAGCUUCAACAAGCUCUCUCUAAUGGAACAUGGACGCCAUUCAAUCCAGAAACAGUUCGUCUAAUGAUAGGGAUGUUUGACAGAGAUCGUUCUGGCACCAUAAGCUUCCAGGAGUUCCAACAGUUAUGGAAGUUUGUAACAGAUUGGCAGAAUUGUUUCCGUACUUAUGACAGAGAUAACUCUGGAACUAUUGAUAAAAAUGAACUAAAAACAGCUCUUACUGGAUUUGGCUAUAGAUUAUCAGACAGAUUCUUUGAUAUAUUGGUGGUGAAGUUCGACAGACAAGGAAGAGGAACAAUUGCAUUUGAUGAUUUUGUACAAUGCUGUGUAGUCAUGCAGACUUUAACAAGUGCUUUCCGUGCCCAUGAUACAGAUCAAGAUGGAUGGAUCCAGAUCGGCUACGAACAAUUUCUUACACUAGUGUUCAACCUCAAAUCAUAGUUAUAACCGAUGUCUGUAAAAUAUAUACGAAGACAUUGUCUUGUGUAAUACUGCAGUGUAUAAGCACAUUUUUCUUAGGAAACUAUUUAAUUUUUAUAUAUUUCUGUGUAAUUGUGUCUUAAACUGACUGUCAUCAUGGUCAUCAAUGGUGCAGUUGUGUGUAGUUUUGUGUAAUUUGUUUACUUGCAAGUUAUUUCAUGUAUUUACUUUUUAGUGACACUACACAAUUAUUUAAUGUUAUCAUUUAGGUUAAAAGAACUACUUUCAUUUACAAUAUUUAUUAUUUCAUAUGAGUAAUAAAAUAAUCUAAAAUUAAUUAUUUUAUUAAUUUUUCAAAUAUCAGAGACGAAAUUCAAGAAUUUUUGUUAUUUGAUAAAAAUUACAUUUUUCUUUCACAUGUAUUAAUAUCUAAAAAAAAAAUGAAAAUGUAUUUUAAAAUAGAGAUCUUACAUAUAUGUAAUACAAUACUUGUGAUUUUACAACUGUGUUCCUUAUAGAUAUGUGCUAAAAUGAAAUGUUAUUAAUUGUACUUACUAAUUAUGUUAAUAUCUUAAUACUAACUCCAUAUGAAUUUAAUGAAAGAUACGCUAUUUAGCAAUAAUUUUCUAAUUAUUUUUUCGUUGUUGAAUAGUCAUCAUUGCUGGUGUAAAGAAAUGUGCAAAGCUAACAUUGAUUGAUGUAGAAACUCAUCAAAUCCCACUAUCCCAAACUUGACCAUAUAUCUGUAGUGUCUGUAGUACUGUAUUGUAUUUACCUUCUUUCCCUCAUUGUCAACUCGACUUGACAAAUGUAGAUUAUUGUUGACCAAAUUUUCUCAAAACUUUUGAUUUCAUUAAAGCCACAAAUAAAUCAGACUCAAGAAUAAAUUUUAAAAAAUAGAUUUAAUUAAAUUUUCAAACAUACCAAAAAUAAUUUUUAAUGUAAAAGUAUCUUGUGCCUUAUUUUUUCUUCUUCUAAAUUUGAUUUAUUAAAAAGUAGUUCUUUGAUGAAUAUUAGAAAUAGUAAAAUGUACAAAUGAUUUUUAUAAAUUGAUUUCUCAGUUUUCCAAGUUAUUAAUGUCAUUAAAGGAACAUCUUAUAACAUCUCCACUUCAGGGCACUUUUGAGCCAAAUUUCGUUGUUGUGUAUACUUGUAGAUGGGGCAUAUUGUUUCUAAUGGCUUUAAUCGUGUGUGUGAAUAACUGAAAAUUGGCAGCAAUUAUGUGUAAUUGCAAUAUGACUAUUUAUACUGCUGUUCAACAAUAUAAAUUUUAUGAAAUAAAUAAUCUACUUUCAUUAUUAUAAAUAUUACAAAAAGAAUAUGUAGUAGGAAUUUAUUUUACUUUUGAAUCCUUCAUAUUGAAGAUUAAAUACAAAUUAUUCUGCAAGAUGCACCUAUAAAUAAGCAAUACUAGAUGGAAAUAUUGGGUGGGUUUUUUUUUAAUUGAAAACAUAAUGACAAAACUGAGAAUUCCCUAUUUCACACUUAGAAAUUCACUUGCUUUAAUGCUUUUGUUUAUUACUAAAACUAUAUUUUAGUAGAUCGUGAUAUUGGGGAACUGUGGUUUUUUUUUUUCAAGACUAUUGACUUAAUUGAAUGUUCAAUUGGAAACAUUUGUCACCAUGUAAAAUACCUUAAAUAACUUAGCAUUUAAGAACAAAGUAUUUUAGAAAGAGAUUCCCAAAGUAUAUUAUUAUAUGAAAUAAAUAAGUUAAUCUGAUUGCUUGAAUAAAAUUGUGUAAAAAAGAGUAAUUUUGUGCUAGAAUUUAAAUCAGAAACUGUUUCUGAUAUUAGAAAUGAGUGCUGUGUUAACAAUAAUAAGAGUAGAAACAUAUCUUUAAAUUAUUGAAAAACAUUUUUGUAUAUCUAACUUAAUAAAUCAUCUUACUGCUACA